UGAGGCGAGAGCGGCCGCCGCGAAGCGGGCCAGCCGCACGGACGCCGGGCCCAGACAUGGUGCUGAUCAAGGAGUAUCGAGUUGUCUUGCCUGUGUCUGUGGAUGAGUACCAGGUAGGACAGCUGUAUUCGGUGGCAGAGGCCAGUAAAAAUGAAACUGGUGGUGGUGAAGGUGUGGAGGUCCUGGUGAAUGAGCCCUAUGAGAAGGAUGGAGAGAGAGGCCAGUAUACCCACAAGAUCUACCACUUACAGAGCAAAGUGCCGACAUUUGUUCGAAUGCUGGCCCCCGAGGGAUCCCUGAACAUCCAUGAAAAAGCAUGGAAUGCCUACCCCUACUGUAGAACAGUUAUUACAAAUGAAUAUAUGAAAGAUGACUUCCUGAUUAAAAUUGAAACCUGGCACAAACCUGACCUUGGAACACUGGAAAAUGUGCACAAACUGGAGCCAGAUGUAUGGAAACACGUGGAAACCGUUUUUAUAGAUAUUGCAGAUCGGAGCCAGGUGCUUAGCAAGGAUUACAAGCAGGAAGAAGAUCCAGCAAAAUUUAAAUCGAUCAAGACAGGACGGGGACCCCUGGGUCCCAAUUGGAAGAAAGAAUUGGCAAGUCAGAAAGACUUGCCGUACAUGUGCGCCUACAAACUGGUGACCGUCAAGUUCAAGUGGUGGGGCCUUCAGAACAAAAUUGAAAACUUUAUACAGAAGCAAGAGAAACGUCUGUUCACAAAUUUUCACCGGCAGCUGUUCUGUUGGCUGGAUAAGUGGGUUGAGCUGACUAUGGAUGACAUUCGCAGGAUGGAAGAUGAGACCAAGAGACAGCUGGAUGAGAUGAGAGAAAAAGACCCUGUGAAAGGAAUGACAGCAGAUGACUAAUGCCAUCCCUUCCCCUCAGCACUUUUUGCAAGACAGUGGUCAGCAGGAAGGCCCAGCAGCUCCACCCUCCUGAGUGACAGGCCAUCUUCGGACCCAGCCUUUCUGUGCCCAUUCGACAGGCGAUUUCCAAUCCCUUGUAGCUAACUCUAGAUGCCCUUUAAUAUUGUGAACAAAUAGACCAUUUGGUAUUAUCAAGCACAUGUGUGCGGACGCUGGCGCCUGUGAGACGUGUGGCGUGUAGGUCUCUGGAUUGACAGCUCCUCCCUCCUCUCUCCAUUGUGUUCUGACCCAUUUCCAUGUGGCCCUAUUUCCAAGUGACAUUUUUAGCUGAAAUAGCUGUCUUUUGUGAUGUGAUUUCAAUGAUUUAAGUUUGUCUGUUUUAAACCUGGGAUAAACUGAGGCCUUGUGUCCUGGCCAGACCCUCAUGAUUUUGAGUGCUAACCUGGGGAGAAAGAAGCUAUUGGGUGGAUUGAUCGAUUUUUCUUCUCCUUUUCCUUCUCCCCCAGCCCCCACUCCACCCCUGGUCCCUGGAAUGGCAGUGCAGCUUCAAGACUUGUAACAUUUGCUUCUGGCAUCUCAGUAUCCUGGUGCUUCAUCCCAAGGGUAGCCAAGGCUUAGCCAAUCAGAGUUUAGGAACAAAAACAAGCCCAGCCCUCAGCACCAGCACUUGGAAUCCCUGUCUUUGGAGACACCUAAUAGCUUCCUAAACCAUGCUGAAACUCACUUUGUCUGCAUCUGUUUGCAGAGCCCAUAAUGUCACUGUCAAGUCUCUAUAGCUAGAGGGGCUCUGUCCUAUUUGGCCCUUGUAACAUCACCUGUGAUAAGUGACCCCUUGGGGUGCUAUCUAUGCCUGUGCCCUGCCUCUCAGUCAGGCUGGUGCUUCUGUUGAGCAAUAAUCCCAUGUUCUCUUGGAGCCCUCUUCCCUGGCUUUGAGACUGGCUAGGAUGGAAGGUCCCAGUCUUUUCAUGCUGCAUGCAAGAAGUCCCCUUUGCCCAAAGGUGAAGUCCUCUCAUCGUUCAGUUUUGCUGGAGAGGGAUUAGGAAAAGGCCCGGUCUGUAAGGCCGGGUCUUUCAUUUGCCCAUGCUGAGCUCUGCUCUAGACAAUCCCAGAGGGUUCAGAGGGAUGCUUCUAUCCAACAGUCCACCGGGGCGGGCCUGGGGAGGAGCUGUAGCUUCUAGCCAAGCUGGCCUUGCAGGCAGCGCCCUGACUCAAAUUAGCCAGCUGCUGAAGGCCCCUCCUCCUCCUCCUCCUCCUCCUCCUCCUCCUCCUCCUCAGCAGAACCUGAGAGGACUCUUACCCAAGCCAGGGGCAUGUAUCUGAAGCAGCUGGGGUGUCAACAUUUCUCCAAAGCUGCUCAGAUCAUCAGUGUUCUAAGGCCUUGCUGCGCUGUGCUCGCACUGCCCAAGAGAGAGGCAAGAUUCUCGGCAGGAAGGAGGUCAUUUGUCCUCGGGUCUCUGGUAGUUUGCUUUGCCUUACUCAUUUCUAAGUGCAAUAAAAGGAGUGUAGGACUUCACCUGUGACUCUGGUGGACCCUUCUCUGGGACCCUUCUGGGGGCAUGGGGUAGGCAGACCCAGAGCCAACUGAGUUGAAGCAUGGACCCUGGGUUUCUAAAAGAGAGUUACUUCUGGCCAUUAUCAGGCCUCCCGUUGCAGACACUUGGCCUCUCAGUGAUCACCCACGUCCAGCAGCCUCCUCGUUUCGGGUCCCCUGGAUAGGCAGCAGGGGCAUUGCAAUUGGUCGUUUGUGCUGACUACACAGGGAAAAUGUCAGUGUUGCCCUUAUCAUUCUCUUGCUAUUAGCCAUAUUUGUGCUUAAACAACAGUUUUCUUCUCCUGCCUUCAUCUGGAAGGUAGAGUCUAGACAUCUGUCCGUCUGGGAAAAGACUGACAUUCAAAGCUAAUGAAUGUUUACGCAGUUGUAGUCAGGAAAGGCACAAAGGAGAAAGUCCUUCCAAUACCAGUCUCGCCAGCUUCUAAAUAAGAUCAAUGCACAGAACUUGAGAUCCUCCUGAGAUUUUUGCUUUCUUCCUACCUCCUCCUUGCCUGCACCCCGCCCCCCCUUCCCAUUUUAACCCAGAGUGAAAGCGUUCAGAAGACCUGAGCUGGAAAGACCCUUAGAAUCCCCCCUGAUCUUGUAGUUCUGAGCAUCAAGGGAGGCCAGGGCUCACCCUCCAGAUGAUGGUGCUGCUGCUGCUUCUGCUGCUGGGUAUUGGCGUUGGCUUCUCUAAGACACUCCCACCCCCCACCUCUCUCUGCCCAGCCUCCCCAUCCCCUUGGCCCCCAACCCCGCUAGCUAGCUCUUAGAGGGGCCCAUCAUCAUCAUGGGAGGCUUGGCGAGGGUGGUGUUAUGCCUGAGGAUGCACUCUGGCUCCAGACGUGCUGCUGCUAUUAGAUUUCCAGCAUUGCAGUCCUACAAGACCAUCCUCGGUAGGAUAGCUCCAGGACUGGGUGCUGGGCUCUGGCAUUUCAAUGGAAGGGAGGUGUGCAGUGAGAAUUUUUAUCUCUGACACCCAUGCACCUUCCUGGGUUCUUAACUGUCCCUGCUGGGACCCCUGACAUGUUUUGAUUGGUUCCUAGUGCUAUUCCUUUUACAAAAAAACACUUUGUAGAAUUAACUAGAUUACCUUGUUGUUUCUUUAAUGUGAGUUUGUGCCUUUUUGUCUCCUAAUCUUCCAAUACAGGUAUAUUGGGGAAAAAAGUCUAAUAAAAUCAUAGACACAGCU